UUUAGACCCUCCAGAGCCAGAAAGAGUCAGAGAGUGAAGGAGACUCCAUGCAGAGGACACUGCUGACAGAGAUGGCCAUAAAAUUUUGUUGCUUUCCUCAGGAACCUGUUGAUGAUGUUGACUCCUGGGGCGAGUCCAUCGAGAAGCUUCUGUCCUGCAAAGCGGGACAGAUGGCUUUCCAGGACUUCUUGAAGUCGGAAUACAGUGAGGAAAAUAUUCUGUUCUGGCUGGCAUGUGAGGAAUACAAAAAGAUCACGAGUGUACCAGAGAUGAUCAGCAUGGCAAACCAAAUCUACACUGAGUUUGUGCAAACGGAAUCACCUAGACAGGUCAACAUUGAUUCCGGGACUCGCACAAAUAUUACAAACAACAUCUCGGAGCCGACCCUGAGCUCAUUUGAUACUGCACAGAAGAUGAUCUUCAGUCUAAUGGCGAGAGACUGCUAUCCCAGGUUUCUGAAGUCCGACAUCUACCAGUGCAUUCAGCAAAAGCAUGGAAAGAGCUGAUUUCAUAAUGACUAAUGGUACAUCGAGUUUAACUAUUACCAGCAACAUAUUUUUUUUUUAAUGAUUUUAUAUUUGGUAAGCAAGACCUUUUUAGUUUUGGACUGCUCUGAAAUAGCUCUAUUUUCAUCAUGAUGUUGCCAUAUAAGUUUUUUUUAAGGAAAAAGAUGCUUACAGUGUCACAUUAGGAUCUAUUCUGAUUUCCAUGCACUGUUGCCUUUUGUUUUAUUUUUUUCUUUACAGAAAAUCAAACCAUUUAACUACAUAAUAUUGUACAAUAACAGAAAAUCAUGCAUCACAAAAAAUGUUAGGAAUCAUCCCAUGUGGGAUUCGGAGGAUCUGUUGUGGCCUUGAACGAAUUCAGUA